AUGAAGUUCUCCGUAAACGCCGCUCUCUUGAUCUUGGGGCUUACAGCGUCUGUCCAUGCAACUCCCCAGAAGAAGGGUGGCGGCGUUGCAGGCCAGGCCUGCACUGACGGGACAUUCAAGGGAACUUGCUCUGCAGACGGUCGAUGUGGGUUGGAAAUCCCGCCCAAUGAGUUGUCUAGCCAGAUUGUCGCUGGCCAAUGUGGCCGAUGA